AUGACCCUAUCAACCCUAACAAGUCUCAUAAUCAUAACCCUAUCCUAUAUAAUUCCAAUCCUUAUUGCCGUGGCCUUUUUAACACUUGUAGAACGAAAAAUCCUAAGCUACAUACAGGCCCGAAAGGGCCCAAAUAUUGUGGGCCCUUUUGGUCUACUCCAACCCAUUGCAGACGGGGUAAAACUCUUUAUCAAAGAACCCAUCCGCCCAUCUACCUCAUCCCCGUUUCUAUUUAUCCUAACCCCAAUCCUAGCCUUACUACUAGCCCUCACCAUCUGAACCCCUCUCCCACUACCUUUCCCCAUAACAGACCUAAACCUAGGACUACUAUUCUUACUAGCUAUAUCCAGCCUAACCGUCUACUCCCUCCUCUGAUCAGGGUGAGCUUCAAACUCAAAAUACGCCCUAAUCGGUGCCCUACGAGCUGUCGCUCAAACAAUCUCAUAUGAAGUCACCCUAGCCAUCAUCCUAUUAUCUACAAUCAUAUUAAGCGGAAACUAUACUCUAAGCACCCUAUCCAUCACCCAAGAACCAAUAUACCUUAUCUUCUCCUCAUGACCCCUUACAAUAAUGUGAUACAUCUCCACUCUCGCCGAAACCAACCGUGCCCCUUUUGAUCUCACUGAAGGAGAAUCGGAGCUUGUUUCAGGUUUUAACGUAGAAUACGCUGCCGGACCAUUCGCCCUAUUUUUUCUAGCUGAAUACGCCAACAUUAUGUUAAUAAAUACACUAACCAUCACCCUAUUCCUAAACCCAAGCUUCCUGAGCCCCCCCUCAGAACUAUUCUCUAUUACACUCGCCACUAAAGUCCUACUUCUCUCAUCUUCAUUCUUAUGAAUCCGAGCUUCAUACCCACGAUUCCGCUAUGAUCAACUAAUACAUCUUCUAUGAAAAAAUUUCCUACCCCUAACCCUAGCCAUAUGUCUCUGACAUACCAGCAUACCUAUCAGCUAUGCCGGCCUUCCCCCAGCUUAA